AUGCAGCCACUUAUGUACUCAGUUCAGGAGGCUCUGAACUCCAGACCAUGGUGGAUCCGCACGGGCACUGACAUUUGUUACUACAAAAAUCACUUCUCAAGAAGUUCAGUUGCUGCUGGUGGACAGAAGGGAAAGUCCUACUACACAAUCACGUUCACUGUGAACUUUCCACAUAAAGAUGAUGUGUGCUAUUUUGCCUAUCACUAUCCAUACACAUAUUCAACUCUUCAGAUGCAUCUUCAAAAGCUUGAGUCAGCCCACAAUCCCCAGCAGAUUUACUUUCGAAGAGAUGUGCUGUGUGAGACCUUGUCUGGAAACAGCUGUCCCUUGGUGACCAUAACGGCAAUGCCAGAGUCUAACUACUAUGAGCACAUCUGUCAAUUCAGAAACCGCCCUUAUGUUUUCUUGUCUGCUCGGGUACAUCCUGGAGAAACUAAUGCAAGUUGGGUCAUGAAAGGAACACUGGAAUACCUCAUGAGCAACAACCCUACUGCCCAGAGCUUGCGGGAGUCUUACAUUUUUAAAAUUGUCCCUAUGCUAAAUCCAGACGGUGUCAUCAAUGGAAAUCACCGCUGCUCCUUAAGUGGAGAGGAUUUGAACAGACAGUGGCAAAGUCCAAACCCAGAUUUACACCCUACGAUUUACCACGCUAAGGGGCUACUACAGUACCUGGCUGCGGUGAAGCGCUUACCUCUGCAAAUCCUUGCCUAUGCAGUGCUUCCAGAAGCACCUUCCUCUAGUUCUCCAAAUCUUCAG